AGGGUUUUUGGUUGUGAGAGUGAAAGAGAACAAUGGAAGGCAUAACAGAGGGUGUGAACAACAUCAACAUUAACAUCUCCGAUUCGUAUAAGAAGAAUCGCAUUCAGGUCUCUAACACCAAGAAGCCCCUCUUCUUCUACGUUAAUCUCGCCAAGAGAUAUAUGCAACAGCAUGAUGAGGUCGAGCUCUCAGCUCUAGGAAUGGCUAUUGCCACAGUAGUAACUGUUGCUGAAAUUUUGAAAAACAACGGACUUGCUGUUGAAAAGAAAAUCACGACAUCAACUGUUGACAUAAAGGAUGACUCUAGAGGUCGACCUGUUCAAAAGGCCAAGAUUGAAAUAGUACUCGGGAAGACAGAAAACUUCGAUGAGUUGAUGGCUGCUGCGGCUGCUGAAGAUGGUGAAAAUAGAGAUGUUGAAGAGCAGAGUGCAUGAAGUUCUUCAAAAAUUUACUCCCGAAUCUGUUGAAGAUAUGUACCGUUUAGUGAUUUGCAUUUUUGUUGUCGCGAGGUAGAGGACAUGUCAUUAUAGACUGACCAGCAAUAUUGAACAACAAAAAUUCCUUCGUUUCUUUUCUCUAGAAAAUAGGCUUUUCUUAUUUUCAUUCUUGCUGGGUUUAUGCCUUAUUUUUUCGGAGAGGUAGAGGGUCAUGAAACGUCUAAUCUUCUGAAAAUUUAUAUAUCUUUGUUUCAAUUGCCUUAUU